UUAACGGCGUGACGCAUGCGCGGGUUUUGCGCGGUGUUUGCUUGUGUGCGUGGCGCCGAGUCAGUUUCGGAAGAGUUUCCUCGAAAUUCUCCCGUGUGUGGGGCUGUAUUGUAGUAUAUACUUGUGUCUGUGUGCAUUUCACCAUUGAAUACAGCGGCGUGCUACAGGUCGCAACGUGUUCGCGAUGCUGCGCGACUUUCCCCGUCUGUUCCUCCAGCACACGGCGGCGACGCGGCGGCACCUGGCGCCCGAGCUGCUGCUGCGCCUCAUCACGCCCGCCUGCCCGCUGUGGGCCGCCCCCGUCGACCGCAGCCCCUUUGCAGACCCCUACUGGGGGUUCUUCUGGCCGGGGGGACAGGCUGCUGCCAGGUACAUGUUGGACAACCGCGCUACGGUGUUCGGUCGGCGCGUGCUGGACGUGGGCUGCGGGUGCGGGGCCGGCGCCAUCGCCGCCGCCCUCAUGGGCGCCACCAAAGCCGUUGCUAACGACAUUGAUCCAUACGCGGUGUUGGCGACGAAAAUAAAUGCGGAACUAAACAAGUGCACAGUAGAAACAAGUACAGAGGACUACAUCGGCACCGCCUGUGACGAUUUUGAUACGAUUCUAAUUGGAGACAUGUUCUACGACGAAGACUUCGCGAAACUCCUCUUUGAAUGGCUCAGUAAAUUAGCGGCCAAGGAUAAAAUGGUGCUAAUAGGCGACCCCGGUCGUCACGGGCUCACAUCUCGCAGACGGAGUCAACUGCAGCAGCUAGCGCGGUACGAGCUGCCCGCGCACUGCAGGGAGGAGAACCACGGCUUCACUGAGGCCGCUGUGUGGAGACUUACAUCUCCUACAACUUAGCCACGAGUAAGGAGUAAGGACCGAAAGCGCCGAAAGUUCCGCCGACGGAAGGUUACUAUAUAUGAAUAGAUGAUAACUGAACACGACAAAAAACCGGCGUGAAACAGCGUUUGCGCU